AUGGCACCUUCACUUCUUGAUACCCAACCUACAGCACCCCACCAACUUUCGUCUCCAUCCCAAAAAUCCAUUGAUCGCAAAGUCUUCCCAGAUGGCAUCAAAACUUCGGGUCAACAUCCACCCCUCAAUGAUCACUUGAGACCAUACUCUGAUUUUCCAAAAGAAAUCACCGGGGAGUCAGUAUGGAAAGCAGAGGAUUAUAUCAAUAAUCCAGAACGAUGGGUACAUGUCUUCAACGAGGAGGAAAUCGCAGAGCUUAGUGUGGUAGCGGAUAAGUUCAUCGAGGAUAAGACCCCCCUGACGGGUAUUUCCCAGGACACCUUCCGUCUCACAAAACUCUAUACUUUACUGAGAUCGAUUCGAAAUGAAACUCUGAACGGAAAAGGUUUCAUCCUCUUCAAAGGCUUUCCAGUCGAAAAAUGGGGAAACCAUAAAUCUGCCGUCGCAUACAUGGGAUUGGGAACAUACCUUGGAUACUUCGUUAGUCAAAAUGGUCGAGGUCAUGUUCUUGGACAUGUCAAGGACCUUGGCGAAGAUGCGACUCAGAUUGAUAGAGUUAGGAUCUAUAGAACAAAUGCCAGACAAUUCUUCCACGCCGAUGACUCGGAUAUCGUUGGUCUUCUGUGCAUCGCACGAGCACUCGAAGGUGGAGAAUCUGAUAUCGUUUCUUCGCACCAUGUCUGGAAUACUUUGCAGAGAGAACGUCCCGAUGUAGCAGAAACACUUACCAAACCCAUCUGGUACUUUGAUCGAAAGGGCGAAGUCAGUGUCGGUGAAGAGCCGUACAUUAAGACCUCCGUCUUCUACCUCGAGACCGGAGCUAAUGGUCGAGUAUACUCAAAAUGGGAUCCAUACUAUGUGAAGUCACUCACUAGGUUUUCGGACGCAGGAACUAUUCCACCUUUGUCUCCCGAACAAGUUGAAGCUGCUCAGGUUUUGGAAGAUACUUGUCAUCGAUUGAGGUUGCAUAUGAUCCUUGAGAUUGGCGAUAUCCAAUUCUUGAGUAACGAACAUGUACUUCAUGCUCGUACCGAAUAUAAAGAUCAUGCACCACCAGCACCAAGAAGACAUCUUAUGAGAUUGUGGUUGGCAACACCGGAGAGUGAGGGAGGAUGGAGGUUACCUUUCCAUGACUCGGCGGAGAAGAAGAGAGGUGGUAUUCAAGUAAAUGAUCAGGCUCCUGUUGCACCACUAGAUGCAGAAUAA